AACACAAAUACAAACACUUGUGUGUUGGAGUGUACCCCACAUGAGUCAGAAAGACAGGAGUUUUAUGCAGCUUUCAUUCACUGCCCAUUUCUCUCUCGUGAAGGGGAUGAGAGUGCCUGCCCACUAUUUCCUUUCCUUCCCAAUACAACUCUCUCUCUCUCUCUCUCUCUCUCUCUCUCUCUCAAGAAAACACCUGAUCCGUGAACCUACUCAAAAUCAUUGUACUCUUCUCUCUCAUUUCAUCACUGAAGAAGGAACACGUUUUCAUUAGCAUAAUCACUUUCUCCGUUGCUUCUUCUGGAGUUCUAUCUCCUCUUCUGUUGCAGAGGCUGAAAGAUUCUAAACAUUUUCCCUUUGAAGCAAGUGAUGGAAGCAGCAAAAUUGUUUCAAAUUCUUACAUUUGUAAAAUAGAGAAAAGGGGUGAAGGAAAGUUUGAAUUUUAGAGUGAAAAGUACAAGAAACAAGAUUGUUGGUGUUGUGGUACAUAGUUUAGUAGAGUUUUGGGAGAGGAACAUUGUAUAGUGAUGGAAAUUCUGUGUUUGUUGCAUAUUGUGUUAGGUUGGUAUCUUUCAAAUGUUGAGUUUGUAGGUGCUGAGUUACAGGACCAAGCUAUAAUACAUGCCAUAAAUCAAGAGCUUAAGGUUCCUGAAUGGGGUGAUGCAAACAUUUCAGAUUACUGCACUUGGCAAGGGGUGAGUUGUGGAAAUCAUUCAAUGGUUGAGAAGCUUAAUCUUGCUCACAAGAAUCUUAGAGGUAAUGUGACUUUAAUGUCUGAACUCAAAAGUUUGAAGUUACUUGACCUUUCAAAUAAUAACUUUGGUGGAUUGAUUCCGCCUGAUUUUGGGAGUUUGUCUGAGCUUGAAGUUCUAGAUUUGUCUUCUAAUAAGUUUGAAGGUUCAAUUCCAUCACAGUUUGGUGGUCUCAGAAGCUUAAAAUCAUUAAACCUUUCCAAUAAUUUGCUUGUUGGUGAGUUACCAAUUGAACUUCAUGGCCUAAAGAAAUUGCAGGAGUUGCAACUUUCUAGUAAUCAAUUGAGUGGUGUUAUACCUUCUUGGGUGGGGAAUUUGACCAAUUUGAGAGUUUUUUCGGCUUAUGAGAAUCGUUUAGAUGGUAGGGUUCCUGAUAAUCUAGGCUUGGUUCCCGAGCUUCAAAUACUUAACCUGCAUUCUAACCAGCUUGAAGGUUCAAUACCAUCAAGCAUUUUCACUUCAGGAAAACUAGAAGUUCUGGUUCUCACUCAGAAUAAUUUUAGUGGUGAUCUUCCUGGGGAAAUUGGCAACUGUCAUGCCCUUUCAAGCAUUAGAAUUGGAAACAACCAUCUAGUAGGUAAUAUUCCUAAUACCAUUGGAAAUCUUAGUAGCCUAACAUACUUUGAAGCUGAUAAUAAUCAUCUUUCUGGUGAACUAGUUUCGGAAUUUGCUCAGUGUUCUAAUCUCACCCUCUUGAAUUUAGCUUCAAAUGGAUUUUCCGGGACGAUUCCACAAGAGUUUGGACAACUUAUGAACCUUCAGGAAUUAAUUUUGUCUGGAAAUAGCCUAUUUGGUGAUAUUCCAAAACCAAUUCUCAGUUGCAAAAGUCUCAACAAGCUAGAUAUUAGCAACAACAGAAUCAAUGGGACGAUACCAAAUGAAAUCUGCAAUAUUUCUCGAUUGCAGUACUUGCUAUUGAAUCUGAAUUCCAUAAGAGGAGAGAUCCCUCAUGAAAUUGGAAAUUGCGCCAAACUUCUUGAAUUACAGUUGGGGAGUAACUAUUUAACUGGAGCUAUUCCUCCCGAGAUCAGUCACAUCAGGAACUUACAGAUAGCUUUAAAUUUGAGCUUCAAUCAUCUUCACGGACCAUUGCCACCAGAAUUGGGAAAACUAGACAAACUUGUUUCUCUCGAUGUUUCGAACAAUCGGCUAUCAGGUAAUAUCCCAACUGAACUUAAGGGAAUGUUAAGCUUGAUAGAGGUGAAUUUCUCAAAUAAUCUAUUUGGAGGCCCUGUACCAACAUUUGUACCGUUCCAGAAGAGUCCUAGUUCAAGUUUUCUAGGCAAUAAAGGGCUUUGUGGAGAGCCCUUGAACUUUUCAUGUGGAGACAUUUAUGAUGAUCGCAGUAGUUAUCAUCACAAGGUUUCUUACAGAAUCAUACUGGCUGUGAUUGGUUCCGGUUUGACAGUUUUUAUUUCGGUAAUUGUAGUUGUCAUGUUGUUUAUGAUCAGAGAGAGGCAAGAAAAAGCAGCCAUAGAGGCUGCCGGUAUUGUUGAUGAUCCAACCAAUGACAAACCAACUAUAAUUGCAGGGACUGUUUUUGUCGAUAAUCUACAACAAGCGGUAGACCUUGAUGCUGUUGUUAACGCGACAUUGAAAGACUCAAAUAAGCUCAGCAGUGGAACUUUCAGCUCAGUUUACAAGGCAACCAUGCCUUCUGGUGUGGUCUUAUCGGUUAGGAGACUGAAAUCUGUGGACAAGACAAUAAUCCACCACCAGAACAAGAUGAUAAGAGAACUCGAAAGGCUAAGCAAAGUUUGUCAUGAAAAUCUCGUACGACCUAUUGGCUAUGUCAUUUAUGAAGAUGUUGCUCUUCUGUUGCAUAAUUAUUUUCCCAAUGGAACAUUGUAUCAGCUUCUUCAUGAAUCAACAAGGCAACCUGAAUAUCAGCCUGAUUGGCCUGCUAGGCUAUCCAUUGCCAUCGGUGUGGCAGAAGGCUUGGCUUUCCUUCAUCAUGUCGCAAUUAUCCAUCUUGACAUUUCUUCUGGCAAUGUUCUUUUGGAUGCAAACUUCAAGCCAUUGGUUGGAGAGAUUGAGAUUUCAAAACUUCUCGAUCCAACCAGAGGUACCGGAAGUAUAAGCGCAGUUGCCGGCUCCUUUGGUUACAUACCACCAGAAUAUGCAUACACCAUGCAAGUGACAGCACCAGGAAAUGUUUACAGCUACGGUGUUGUUCUGUUGGAAAUCCUUACAACUCGACUUCCUGUUGAGGAAGAUUUUGGUGAGGGCGUAGAUUUGGUUAAGUGGGUUCAUAGUGCUCCUGUAAGAGGGGAAACUCCAGAGCAGAUACUUGAUGCAAGGCUUAGUACAGUUUCCUUUGGUUGGAGGAAAGAAAUGCUUGCUGCUCUAAAGGUUGCCUUGCUUUGCACCGACAGCACACCAGCCAAACGACCAAAAAUGAAGAAUGUAGUAGAAAUGCUUCGCGAGAUCAAGUAAAAUCGACAGAAUCAAGCCAUCAAGAUUUCAAGUAUGUGAACCUGUCAUGGAUACUGAGGAACUGAUGUAUUACAAGUUAUGACUUUAAAUAGUAGACUUGUAUCAAGAAUUAUAUUACAUUGUGAAGAUGGUGUUUCAAAGUAAAAUGAAGGUUAUAUAGGAAUCAGUAGAUCUUCACCAUUCUAGUUUGUCCAAAUGAUUAGUUAUGAAAUAUAUUUGAGUUGGACAGUGUAUUAUUAGAUUGGGGGAACAUAUAUGCAAUGUAAAGAAAGACCUUGGUACAGGUUAUAUCAGUUCUUAUUGAGUAUGAUCUAUUCCUCAGUUUUUAUGUUGUAUUUUAAUAUAUUUGGGAGAGCAUUAACUCAGAUGUCAAUUUGUGUUCCCAUUGAAAUUGAAAGCUCUAGUUUAUUUUUGUUGUGA